AUGCUGCUCCGACCAACUUGCGCCCGCACUGCUCAACCGCUGAGCUGGAUCUCGCGGACUCGUCCCACUACUAUCAUGCCUCUCCGCGCUCGCAUCAACAACCCCUCCUUCUCCGACAUGGCUGGAAAACCUGGAGACGAGCCCAACGAUGUCCUUUUCAGCUCACACUACGGCGUCCGCACCAUCGAACUCAACCGUCCCAAGAAGCUCAACUCGCUCAAUGGCUCCAUGGCCAACAAAAUCCUACCACGUCUGAAGGAAUGGCAAAAGUCGCAAUUGGCAAAUGUUAUCGUUCUCAAGGGUGCCGGCAGAGCUCUCUGUGCUGGUGGUGAUGUUGCUGCUCUGGCCAAGGACAACCAAACAGGCCCCGAAGGUCAACAGCGCUCGAAGGACUAUUUCGCUCUCGAAUACCAGCUUGACUACACCAUUGCGACUUACCCCAAGCCCUAUGUCGCCUUCAUGGACGGUAUCACCAUGGGUGGUGGUGUUGGUCUCAGCGUUCACGCUCCUUUCCGUAUUGCUACUGAAAACACCGUCUUUGCCAUGCCCGAAACCACUAUCGGCUUCUUCCCCGACGUUGGCGCCAGUUUCUUCUUGCCUCGCAUGGACGGUGCUGUAGGCACUUACCUCGCACUCACCAGCGAACAGAUCAAGGGCGUCAACGCUUUCCUGUCAGGAAUUGCUACUCAUUACCUUCACAGCAGUUCGCUUCCUGAUUUGGAGGCCCGUCUUGCUGAGCUCAACUUUGGCGACGAAGUUUCGUAUAACACCCGCCUGAGCAUCAUCAACGACACUAUUGAGGAGUUCACCACCGGCAUGCCUCACGACGCACCGCCGCAUUUCUCGACCAACGUCCGCAUUGCCAUCGAUUACUGUUUCCAGGAGAUUCACAACAUUGACCAGAUCAUGGAGGCCCUGAAAGAAACCGAGGAAAGUUCACCUCCCGAGGUCAAGAAGUGGGCUGCAAAGACCCGUGAGACCAUUGCACAGCGCAGCCCGACCAGCAUCAAGGUUACUCUCUCCCAGCUGAGGAGAGGCGCACAAUGGAAUAUUGCUCAGACCUUCCAGAACGAGCACAACAUUGCGUCCAAGUUCAUGGAGCACCCUGACUUUGUUGAGGGCGUCUCGGCACGUCUGAUUCGCAAGCCCGCUGAGAAGCCUCAAUGGGCAAAGACAAGCUUCGACGAAGUUUCUGAGAGCGAGGUCAACUCUUUCUUCACCGCUGAGCUCAAGCUCGAACUUCCCAAUACUGGCGAUGACUCGUCCUACACCGAUUACCCUCAUGCUUGGACUGGACUGCCGCGGGAAGCUGAAAUCGAGGCUUUUGUCAAAUCUAACCCGAGAUACGACAUGGAGGGCGUCGUCAACAACUUCGUAAGGAAGUCACGCGGAAAGAUGGGUGUAAGAGAGAAGGUCGAGGAAGUGCUCAACAGGAGGACGAGCCCGGCCGACAACAAGAGAGGUUUCGCAUGGAACUGA